UAUCAAGGGAGCUAUUCUCUGAGGCAUUGGCUUCAAUUAUCGGACUGGCUUCCUACCUUAGAGGCAACUCUAGCUUUGGAUGAAGAAUGGGUUAGGCGGGUUGGGGAUGACACCAUAGGAGGGCCUGAUGUAACUCGGCAAUUGCGCCUUAUUAGAAUAAUUAUGAGAGAUCUUUUAAUUGGUGUAAAUUACUUGCAUAGCCAUGGAUUGGCACAUACUGAGUUAAGACUGGAGAACGUGCAUAUUUGUCCAGUAGAUAGGCAUAUUAAAGUAGGCAUUCUAGGAAAUGCAGUUGAUUUACAUAACAAUGGUAACACUAACGCUAUGGCCAGCAACUCAGACAGAAAGGCAAUGAUUAUAGCCUUUGACAUGAGAUGUGUUGGAUUCAUGAUGGCUAAGAUGGUUUUAAAAGAGCUUAUGGAUGCUUCAACGUUUACAAAAUUUAAGUUGUUUCUAAAUAAGGGAAAUGACUCUUCAUGCCUACGAGAAUUCCUUUUGCCAAUUCUAUGUCAAGACUCUCCAUGUGGAAAUGCUGGUUUGCAAAUGCUGGAUAGGAAUUGGGGCGCUGGUUGGAACCUGUUAUCUUUGUUUCUUGCUACAAAACCAUUUGCAAGAAUAAGUUGUUUGGAUGCAUUGAGGCAUCCAUUUCUUUGUGGACCUAAAUGGCGCAUAGACCCAUCUAUGGAUUUAAUCAGGUGGGGAUUAGGAUCUACUGCCGUUCGAAUGGCAGAAGAUUAUAUCUAUGGAAGGCAUCAGCGCCGGAGACUAGCUUAUUUGAUUGAACUGAUGGAAUUACUGAAUCCCCAACCCAAGAUAAAGAACUGGUUGGACAUUCUCCAUGGCCGAUGGCGCCUGUUGUACUGCACAGGCAGACACCUAGGCCUAACUCUUCGCCAACCUACCCACAGAGUCAUCAUUGGCAGCGCAGUCCUCACUUUCACAAAAGAUAACAACUCUGAAGAGCCUUCCCUUCUACUUUCUUCAGACAUAAGCUUCAAGGUCAUGCCAAUCUCUUCAUGGCCUCAUGACAAAUCCGGUUUACCUGGAAGCCUGCUAGUGAAAUCUAGAGCCAAAAUAACAUCCGGUACACGAUUGUACCUCAAAGAAGAAGACAGCCCCAUUCCCAGCCAGUUCAGCUCUCAGGAAUCCAUUUCAUCCGCCCUGCUGAGCAAGAAAUGGAAGGGAGUAGGAGGGCCUGUUAAGGAGCUUCCCUACAGUCUCCCAGCUGCAAAACUGCUCCAAGGCGAGAUCGACGUGUCGUUGAACCUGGAGCAAUCACCGCCUUCAAAUAUUGGUGAGGCGCAAACCGUGCUCAACGAGGUUAGAACUCAGAUCCCACCUGAAAUGUUUGAUAUUUCUAAGCUUAUUUGUGGUACCUAUAUUGACUCGAGGAUGUUGGUCCUUCGUGGGGUUAAUGGGUCUGCUUUACUCUUCACGAGAUCAUGUGCUUUAGAUUAGCUGUAUACUUGUCAUAUAUUGUAUAUUAACAGUGGUAUUCGUUAGUUGUAUGUAUUCUUCAACUUUUUCUUAGAUCAUUGUUAACAUUCAGGGAA